CAUUUAGAGUUGGACCUGAUAGGCUGUAUGUAAGAAAUGUGUGGAUAAAUUUCACUUAAAGAAGAAAAAGAUGAAAAUAAAUGAACGAUUGUUGUCGUUCUACGCUUCAUGUAAUGAUCUACCGGACAAGGAAGGUUGGCUUUGGAAGAAAGGAGAAUUAAACACAAGUUACCAGAAACGAUGGUGUGUUUUACGCGGAAACCUUCUCUUCUAUUUCGAUAAAAGAUUCGACCGCGAUCCGAUUGGAGCCAUCGUGCUCGAAGAGUCCUCGGUACAGCUCACUGAAGGAGGGGACUCCCCGUAUACUUUCUCCAUCCACUUCAGUGGGGAGGAAUCACGAGUUUACAAACUCACCGCAUCCAAUGAUGAAGAUUGCUUGGGAUGGAUCAAAGCUUUGUCUAACUCAAGUUACAGAUAUUUGGAAAUCCUUGUUGAAGGUUUGGAAAAAGAAGUUGGUUCGUACACCUCGGAUUGUCAACUAGGAGAGACGAGGAGAAGUCUCAUCAGCAGCAGGUCACAUGGUACGGCUUCUUUAUCCUCAGGUUUGGAAUUAGAUGAAAAUCACUUCCAGAUAAGCCCAAAGUCGAACUCACUCGCCAACUUGGCAGACUCUGAGAACGACUUAAUGAAUUUUGAUGAAUUAUCGAUGAAAAAUGAGCGGUCUCCAAAACUAACUCGAUCUGCCUCAUCGGACGAUUUUCUUAAAACAAACUAUUUGUCUGUUGAGGGUAGUAAGAGAGGGACUUCCCCUAAACGAGGAAAACGAACCAUUAAAUUGAGUCCAAGAGUGGGGCGGAAGAAAAACGGGAAAUCCAUGGCAAAAACUAAUGUAUUCAAACAUAGAAACACCAUUUCCUCAACCCACAAGUUAUCACACAGGGAAAGUCUUCACGUUUUUAGAGAAACAUCAGCAAUAUAGACAAGAAAUUAUUGAUUUUAUUGAAAUUAUUGAGUGAUCUGUUUCUUAUACAGAACAUUUUAUGUGCAAUUUACAAGCUACCUAUUAUUUUGCUACCAUGUUUAUUGUGAUGUCACAUACAGGUUGUGUGCAGAUAAUGCAGGUUGGGUCAUUUGUGACUAGUUUUAUGUCCUUCAAAAUAUUGCGAUGUUAUGGUUGGUAGAAACAUGUUUAUUUUUAGUUAUGUUGCAUUUAGCUAAAUUUAAGAAAAAGUUAGGCAAAUUCAACAGUCCGAACUCAUUCACUGGUUGUUUUUACCUUACACAUUAUAUAGUGUUGACGCUGUUUACAAGAAUGAAUCGUAUAUUUCUGUAAUACCUGUUGUAUCCGUGAGAUUUUAAGUUUAAAAAACAGUUCUUCAAACUAUUUUCUAUGGCCGCUAGACGACGCUAAAGGUGCGCGAUGGGUUGAACGUGGAAAAAAUGUGUCGAUUUUUAUUAAAUGUGAAUGAAGUAUUCGUAUUGUUACAUUAUACUUAGUUUAUUUCGCAUAAGCAUUGACCUUUUUCCAAGUGCAAAUUAUGACUCAUUAAAUAUCAACCAAUUAGCGA